GAUUUUCAUGUUACGUCAAUUAAUUAUUUGUAUUCUAUUAUUUUAAUCUACACUUCACGAAAUAAACCACAACCAUAGGAGAGUAUUUGGGUUGAAGCUUAUAUAUGACACAGAACUACAAUAUUUGUUGUUCAACGCUUUUUUUGUUGUUUUUGUUUUUUCGAGAGGGGAACUGUCAUUACAGUCGAGGUUUCUCUUGUUGGAGGGGACAGAAAUUGCCGCUAGCUAGUAAUUUGCUCAGGGACAAUGGCCCGAGUUGUGAAAGUUUUACGGACUUUACGAAAUCACUGGAAAAAAUCCACUUUUGCUGUGUGUGUCCUGUCUUAUGGUGGACACUGGUUAUAUGGAAAGCACUGUGACAAUGUACUGCGACGAGAGGCAUGUCAGGAGGCUCGGGAAAUUGGCCGGAAAUUAAUUGGACCCCAGGAGUCACUGCAGAAAGCCACAGUAAUCCUGAAUCCUGCAGCAUGUAAAGGAAAGGCUAACAGUCUGUUUGAAAAGAACGCAGCCCCUAUUCUACAUCUUGCUGGCAUUGAGGUUAAAGUUAUAAAGACAGAUUAUGAAGGGCAAGCCAAAAAGCUAAUGGAUCUGAUGGAACCGACGGACAUGUUGAUUGUUGCUGGGGGUGACGGAACCCUGCAGGAGGUUAUAACUGGCUUGCUGCGCAGAGCUGAUGAGGAAGCAUUUAGUAAAACUCCCAUUGGCUUCAUUCCUCUGGGCUCUCAGAACUCCUUGAGCCAAAGUCUGCAUAUAGUUACUGAUGACAAAGUAAAACGCAUCACUUCAGCAACGCUGUCUAUUCUGAAAGGGGAGACGGUGCCACUGGAUGUCCUUCAGAUAAAGAGUGAGAAGGAGCAGCCAGUCUUUGCUCUCUUAAGUUUACGCUGGGGAUCCUUCCGAGACGUUGCAACAUCCAUUAGCAAAUAUUGGUAUCUUGGACCUUUAAAAACAAGAGCAGCACAUUGGUUUAGUACACUAAGGGAGUGGCCACAGAUCCAUCAUGCUUCUGUCUCGUACUUGCCUCCCAUCCCUCGACCCCCAGACCUGCCUGAUGUGAAGCCUGUGAAACCCAGUCUGCUCUAUCGCAUCUGUCGGAGACUAAAAAACUACUGGACGCCUCCUGCAGAAGAGCCCCAUGUAGAGGCAGAACCAGAGCGCUGGGAGGAUAAGCAGAUCUCGACACUGGAGCUCAUAAUCAGCACACAGAACAGGAAUCCGGUGAAAAGACGGACAGAUGAUUCCCUGGUGCUCUCUGUGGAGCCAGAUACGCUCACAGUUGGACAGUUCAUCACAGAAGGGACUAAAAAAGCUGAAAAUCCAUGUGAGUGCACAGAGAAGGCAUUUCAGAUAGAGGCAGGUGUAUGUCUGCUCAGUUUGCCCCAGGAGGGCGCUGGCUUUUUUGACAUCGACAACGAAGCGUUUGAGGCAAUGCCAGUGGAAGUGAAGCUUCUGCCACGGAAGCUGAGGUUCUUUUGCAGCUCUGAACGCAGAGACCAGCUGGCACAGAUGAACUGACCAAGAUACUGGACUGAAACCCAUAGCGGGGAAGGUUUUGAGCUCUGCUCUCAAAUUUAUUGGACUUUUAACCAUGUAUCAGAAACUUUUUAUGCCUAGGUGUUAAUGAGACAGCAUCAGAGCAAUAUGAUGUUACUUAAAUCUGUAUUUGAUUAACGUAAGAGAAUACAGAUGCCUCCAUGUGCAGUUAAAUCAUGCGCUGCAGGAAGCUGUUGAAACGUUUGCUUUGCUGAACCUGAGUGCAGUGGAAGGAAGGAGGAUGCUGCAACGCUGUUGAGCUACUUUAACGUACAGUAGCAGUCAAAAGUUUGGAUACAUCAUCAAUUUCUGUUUUUUGACUAUUUUCUACAUUGUAGAACAAUACUGAAGAUAUCAAAACUGAUGCUUUACACACUGCUGGUUAAACACUUAUCUUAACCAGCUUCAUGAGGUAGUCACCUGGAAUGCUUUUCAAUUAAGAGGCGAGCCUUAUCAAAAGUUAAUUAGUGCAGUUUCUUGCCGCCUUAAUACGUUUGAAAUCAAACAGUUAAAGUGUAAAUACAGUAAAUGGCCCUAUUCCACAACUAGUAAUCCAUAUUCUGUCAAGAACCGCUCAACUAAGUAAAGAGAAACGAUAUCCAUCAUUACUUUGACAUGGUGUCUUUUAAUUAAGAAAAAAAAAAUAAAGAAAAACCCUUGAAUUAGGUGUGUCCAAACUUUUCACUAGUACAACCUGUGGUGUUUACAUGUGGACCAGGUAUGAAUUUAAAAAAAAAAAAUCAUGAACCAUUAUUACAACUGAAAAUAUAACCAGUUACAUUAAAAAAAAUUAACCCAAAA